AUGGUCAUAGCUUAUCUUCCCCGGUCUGAGAAGGAGGAUCAUGAUCAUGAUCAUCCGCAUCUAGAGCCGCAUAUCUCCUCGUUCGCCGGCCGGCUCGGCGGUAAUCAGGAUUUUAUCCUUGACCGGAAUGACCCCAGGAAUGAUGAAUUGCUGGAGAGGGUGCCAGAUGCGGCUCCGUGCAUGUCGUUCGCCGAGAUCUUCGAUCUCAAGGGCUUCUAUAGUCCAGAUCUAUGGAAAUUCGCGAUGCUGGAAUGCGUCGGUAUGCGCAACCCCAAUCCCGCUUGCUUCCCCAGUACUCAAUUGAGCCUCUGUUUUGUGUGUCCACUUCUGGCUGACACCUUUGUUUUGAUAGCGAGUAUGAUGAAUGUCUUUAUCUCCUCUUGGGUUACUACGCAUCCCAUGGCGGCUACGACCUAUCCCACGGCUGGGGCGGGUAUCUAUGAUACCGUUACCUUCUUCUCGCCGCUGUUCGGAGGCAUCACCAAUCUCCUCAUGACUCCACUUUUGAUUUACACCUUCGGCGCAUCCAGUGGAGGCCAUAUUAGUCCGACUAUCACAAUGGCGUGUUUCUUUGCGCGGAUCAUCUCCUUCCCGCGUAUGAUGCUAUACGUCGCUGGGCAAACGCUGGGCGGUGCUCUUGCGGGUUUCGCACUUAACACGGCCUACGGUAACCGGAAUUUUACCGUAGGAGGAUGUCACAUCGAUACGAGCUUUGUGCCACCCAAAGAUGGUCUGGUCAUUGAAUUUAUGGCUUGCCUUAUUGUGAUUUUCCUGGCUUUUGGCGUCGCCCUUGACCCUCGACAGGCCAAGGUCUUCGGUCCUGCCGUUGGCCCGUGGUUUGUGGGUAUUGUUGUGGGAGUGGUUUGCUGGGCAACCGCUUUCACUCGCGAGGGAUAUAUUGGAGCGAGUAAGUACAUGAAGACCAGGGGAUGA